GAGACUUGCUGCUGCGUUGACUUGCUGCAGAUGAAAGCGCGCGCAGACGUCAGUGUGCAUCAGCUUUGUAUUUUUGUGUCGUUAGCGUUCUCAAUGGAUAUAAAAACUGACCCCAUAACCAAACCUUCCCAUGGCUUUUCUUUACUGAAAGAGCUGGACUUCCAGCGGAGAACAGGUACUUUCUGUGACUGUGUGAUACGUCUCCAUGUGCACCCUGACCAGCUCUUCUUGGCCCAUAAAUGUGUCCUCGCUGCUUUUAGUCCAGUUUUCGCCACUCUCCUUCCUCAGCAUGGUUCCUUCAUGGACCUAAAUUCCCCCAUGCUCACCCCAGAAACCCUGGCUUUCCUUCUGGAAUACAUGUACUCAGGUACAUUGCCCUCGAAGAACCUAGAAUAACCAGUGUUGUAUGCAGCUAUCCACCUGCAGAUGGAACAACUGCAGCAUGCACUGACCCGUAGGAGAAAAGAGAUAACAUACACUGUUCAGGACCAAGUCAACAGAAAGAGGGGAUUUACAGAGCAUGAGUCUCAAAAUAAGACUCUUAUAUCUUCAUCGGAUUCUUCAUAUGGCUCAGACCAGCCACCGCCAUCCACGCCAAGCUAUGAGGUUGUGCCAGUCAUACGCCACCUCAAGACAACGGGAAACAAGCUUCCAAUACAAAGCCACUGUCUUGAUAAAACCAUUAAUGUUGAACUUCUCUCAAAGGCCAGCAAACACUCUCAGAGUUCUCAAGAUAAUAAUUUAUUGCUUGAUUCAUUUUUUAAGUUGUCACAGUCAAAACAUAACAAGACAGAAAUGUCAGUGAAUGGAAUCCCAAGUGUGGUUGCUGAGAAAGUUGAAAAGUUCAAUAGCUCCUGCAAGAUUGUCCAGUUUCAAUCCAGUGUCUCUCAGACCAUCACAGCUCUCCACCCAAACACUGAUGAUAAAGAUCAGUGUGUGCAUAGUGCUUACACCAGCAGCAAGCAUUUGUCUCCAGAACCUGACUGUAGAGAAAGUGACAAUAUAGUUGUUUCAGAUGUGGACAGUGUCCGGUCAUUUAAUCCUUUUGAAGUAGAAAAACAUGGCCAUGUACCAGGAAUUCUCUCAGACACCUUUAGUGAUAAGAAGUCACAUAACACCACUGCCAACAACUCUGAGAGCAGAUCUCAUGCUUUUAGUCAAUUUAUGGCAGAAAGUUGUAAAAGGCAAGCCGAUAUAUAUUUAGAAAAUUCUAGCAGUACUGACACAAACGAUACAAUCUGUGAAAAAGGAACCUCAGAUCUUAAUAUGUGGCAUAAACUGGGCCAAUAUUAUGCUCCAACAUUGGAAAUGUUGACUGUAGAAAAAGUUGUCUUGGGUGAAGAAUCUCAAAAUACUAGUCACACUGAUUUCUGUGAAUUCUCCAAACUGAGGGAAGACUAUGUAAAUGCCUAUCAGGGACACUUAAGAUACCACUGCUUCCCAGAACCUAAUGAUUCAGACAGUGAGGAGACAUGCCCAGGGCCUAAUGCAGAUGUAAAAGACCACUCCAAAGGUCUGGAGACGAUCGAUGUGGCAGAGAUAUUGCUCUCAACCAGGGAACGACUAAAGUCUGGAUCUCACAAUCACUCAAAGACACGUCCGUUCCAGUGCUCAGUUCCAGAGUGUGAGAAGGCCUUCAACCAGCGCGGUUCCUUGAAUAGACACAUGCGUUCACACCUGGGCAUUCGUCCUUACUCCUGUCCCCUCUGCACCAUGACUUUUUCCAGACAGUACAGGGUCAAUGAGCACAUGCAUAUCCACCAGAGGAGCUGUGAUGACCCACCUUAAUCCUUAUGCCCUUAAGUCAAGGGUGUCAGACGUAUGGCGCGCGGGCCAAAACCCGCCCGCUAGGGUGUUCAAUCCGGCCCGCAGGAUGAAUUUUGAAAGUGAAAAAAUGCAUAAAAGUCACGAACUAGAAAUUUUUUAUAAAAUGCUAUUCCUAAAUUAUCCGCACUGUUUUUGUCAGAGUAGAAGACGCGGCACGACUCUGGGACUCAGACCGAACAGCAGAUGGCAGCAAUGCGCCUUCUGCUGUUUGUUAUUACGGUGUAGUCUACCCUAUUUUCUACUCGUCCCCACACCCUCAUUAGCCAAAAUGUGUUUGUCAAAAAGGAGAAAAGUGGAUACAGAGUGUAGAGUUUUCCGAGAAAAAUGGACCGCUUCCUAUUUAUUCACAGAGAUUAAUGGGUAAUAGUUAAAAAAUGUGCAAUUUAAUGUCAGUCAACAACUUCACUACAAAAGAGUUUGGUUUGGUGGGAUCCUAUUGUUCAUGCAAUGCCACAAAUUUUAAAGUGCAAUUUUUCAGUUCUGAAUACCUGUGAAGUUUUUUGCAUUUGUACAAACACUAUGACCAGUUGUAAUGCACACAUGUAAAUGAUAAUCAGAAGCAAAUUGCACAUGUUUGUCUUAAGAAAUAUGAAGUUGUUCAUGAUAUGUUUUGUAAAAGGAUAUUUCAUUAAAUAUGAAGAUUUUUCUAA